GUAGCUAACAUCAAUUAUUACCAGUUAUAUUUAUGGAAUAUUCAGUCAUUAAUUCUUAAGUUCAUUUUUGAAAAUCAUGAUAAUUGAUGUUUUAAAAGCCAUGAAUGGGAAUUAAGCUGAAGCUGAACCUUUUGGAAACAAAGAACAUGAAAAGAAAACAAAGAAAAUGGGAAAACCCCACUGCAGCCUAACUGUUUUAAUGGCUCCCAUGGAUCUAAAGGCCUAUCCAAAUGAGUGAUGGUCUCAGCCCCAAUAUGUAAAGCUACAAAAUAUUAUUUUUCAUUUUCAUUUUGUUUUUAUUUUCACUUUUCUUCUCAUACCAUUUCUGGUUUCUUUUGUCUCAUCAUCAGCAGCUGCAUGCCAAAUUUCUGCAACUUCCAUACUACCCAUCAAAAUGUCCUUCUUUGACUCUCUCUUUUCACCUCUUACCUCAUAAUCUUUUGUCACCCCUAUCUUCUUCCACUCUCUCUUGUUCCACACAUCAAAACAAAGACAAAAUCUUCAGCUUUCAUCUCUUUCUUGAACCUUGAAAAACCUGAAUUUUCCCAGAAAAUAUCCUGUUUUGAUGCUAAAUAUUGUAACUUUAGGCCUAAAGAAAAGUGCCCAUUUUCCUUUCUUGAUGAUUCUCUUACUUCAGUCAGUCAAAGCCGUAUCUUGGUCCCUGUUGGCUCUUUCAAGCUUGGACGUCAGUUUUCUCAGGUUUAUCUCUGAUCUACUUGAAGAUCUUCAAGGCUCAGCUUUUACUGAGUUCUGGUCCGUUUUUUCUAAUUCCCUUCUCUGGUUUGGUAGAAUUCUUUGAAAAUUCAGCUGGAGAUUCAUGGUGGCAUCUUUGGGGGGUUAGUAUCAGUUAAUUGUAGCUUUGAUUGAGUGCAAAAUGCUUCUCUUUUGUUCAUUUUGAAGGUGGCCAAGUGAGCUGGGUAUUUUCUGUUCAACCAUUUGUAGCAUAUUUGAGGAAUCUAUUGUUAGGUAGUUGUAGUGUCUGAUCUUUUAGAUAGUCAAACAUUUAGUUUUCUGUAAAUUUUAGUCAGUUUGGGUAGAGGGAUCAUUUUUAAAGUAAUAACUUGGUGCCAUAUUCAAGCUAUUUUCUGGAUGAUUGUAUGGUUGUUGUCUUUUUGGCAGCUAAUUUGCCAGUGUUAGAAUCUUUUGCCAGUUUUAUUGGGCAUCUUUAGCUAUGUGAAUAGGUAGUCAAGCAGACACUUGUAUUGUGAAUCUCCUCUUGGUGCUUUAUAACAAAAUGUCUGGAAAUAGUCGUUGUUUCGUCGAGUGGAAGGAGGAAUUUGUUUCACAGGAGCGUGGUAACCGUGUGGUUCACUAUUUCUUGAAGGAUUCCGCUGGGGAAUCCAUCUGUGCAGUUGUUGGUACUGAGAGGAGUGUUAGGCACAUGUUUUAUGUUGUUGCUGAGGAGUUUGUGAGGGUAUAUGCUGCUGAGCAUUCAAUUCAUGCUGGUUUCAAAUGGAGGUCAAGAAGAGAGGUUGUAGAUUGGCUUACAUCUAUGCUCUCAAAGCAGCAUCUGCAGGGAGAUCAAUCUAAAUCACUGAAACAUGAAGUGCUACUGGCUUUAAGUUCCCCUAGUUGUGCAAUGAUUGAGAUUGAUGCUCAGAAGGCCCAAGGACUGGAUGAUAUGGGCCAUCUUUCGAGAAAUUUGAAUGGAAAAAGUUCAGAUAUUGUGUGGUCAGGCACUGCAUGGACAUGUAGUAAACAGCUUAAACAUUUCCCAGCAUUUUGCCGCAAUGGCACCACAAUAGCGGUUCAAUCCUUUGUCUUUGUUAUGGCUAGAGGAGAGAAUCACUAUCUUGCUUACUUGGAGGACAUGUACGAAGACAAGCGAGGGAUGAAGAAGGUCAAAGUGAGGUGGUUUCACCAUACUAAGGAAGUCAAGGGUGUCGUUCUUGUAAGGAAUCCUCACCCAAAAGAAGUUUUCAUCACUCCUUAUUCACAGGUCAUUAGUGCAGAGUGUAUUGAUGGUCUUGCGAGUGUCUUAACUCGUGAGCACUUUGAGAAAUGCUCAGCUGUUUUUCCUGAUGCGAUAUUAGUUAGAGUGCAUGUAUGUACUAGGCAGUUCAGAAGUAAUAAAGUGAAGCCAUUCGAGUUGACUAAAUUACGUGGCUAUUUUGAUCAACCAAUUCUCUCAUGUUUGAAUUCCAGUCUGUUCUCAGAGCCUGACUCCAUGAGCCAUGGCCUAAAUGAAGAAGAGGAGGAAAAACUAAGCCCCAGUGAAAAUAUUACGUUGGGAAAUAAGAGGACCAGAACUAACAGAAGUAAUCAAAGGUUUGUGACAGAUCAAUCAGGAAACAGGAUUUCUGCUAACUACUUGAUGACUUGUGAAACUUCAUGCAAGAAAAUCAAAUAUGCUUUGUCUGAAAAGAGAUUGCUUUCCCUCAAGCAUACUGAGAGUCAACAUUGGUAUGGCUCAGUUUUCAAGGUUGAUGAAAAGAUAGAGUUGCUGUGCCAAGAUAGUGGCAUCCGAGGCUGCUGGUUCAGAUGCACAGUCUUGCAAGUAUCAAGAAAACAGAUGAAGGUUCAAUAUGAUGAUGUGCAGGAUGAAGAUGGAUAUGGUAAUCUUGAGGAAUGGAUCCCAAUUUCCAAGCUUGCUAUGCCUGACAAAUUUGGCAUGAGAUACUCAGGCCGCCUAACAGUACGACCUGCUCCUCCAAGCUCUCAAGCAGAACUUGCUCUCAAGGUUGGGGCAGCUGUUGAUGCAUGGUGGAGUGAUGGCUGGUGGGAAGGGGUUAUAACUGGAGUCAACAGUAGUGGCGAUGAUAAUUUGCAAGUAUACUUUCCUGGUGAAAAUUUAUUCCUGAACAUACACAAAAAAGUUCUAAGAAUUUCCAGAGAUUGGGGUGGGGACCACUGGAUUGAUAUUGAGGCCAGACCCAGUAUACUCUCUGUGAUAUAUGCUGCCAUUAGCCCUGACAUGGAAACGAAAGUUUCUGUUUCCUCUACUGUUGUCAUGGAUGCCAAGGUUGAUGGUGGCUCAAUGCCAGUUGAAGUUGUUGCUGCCAAAAUGAUACCCAAUGUUGUUGAAGGGGAAAAACCUGAGUUAGCUAUUCAGGACUGUUCUGAUAACCUCCUAGAAGACACUGAUGGUAAGGAGCUUCAAUCCCCAAAACAUGAAAAAGAUGGGGAUGAUAGUGAUAGUAAGAAGCCUCCACCAUCGGAAAAUGGUGAUAAUGGAAAUGCUGAUGAUGCCAACAUCAUUCACGAUAAACUAAAUGGCAUGGAUGGCAAUUAUGAAAUCAACACUAACAUCGGCAGUGAUGAUAACGAGAGUGAGUUAGAGAUGGAAAAUGACACGGAGCAGAACUGUAAAACUAUGGAAUUCAUGAGAGUGAAAGCUUAGAAUGUUUCUGGUGCAACCGAUUCUUUUGUAAUGGGGAUGAUGGUACUAAAGUUUUGUGUUAACUAACAUGGCUUCAGUCAGUUAAGACCUUCUGUAAAUAGUGAUGCAGGCAUAUCUCAAAAUCAUUAUGUUUUUGUGUUUUGACUUGGUGGCGUUGGUCAGUGUACAGUAACGAUGUUAGUUUUUGUGGUUUCUGUUAUGAUAAUUGUUUGUAUCAGAAAUAGGAUUUGCAUUUGAAGAUCUUAGGUUAGGGAGCUCCUCUAAAAUAGUCUGUUCUUCCUCGGUUUCUUGGUCAUGGGCUUUGCUUUUGUCUUGUAACCCCAAAUAUGUAUUCUGUUAUAAUCAAAAUUAUAAUAUUUUCUCGACCUCGUAUUCUGGCUUACUGGUAAACACUAUUGUAAUGUGCUACAUAUACA